AUGGUGGGUAAUGUUCUAUUACUGCUCAUCUACCACAUAACUCUUGCCACGUCAUCACAAUGGACAUCCUCUCAAUUUCCGGAUCUUCGGGGACCUACGGUGAAUCAGUGCGUAGCAGUUUUGCCACGAAAUAAGCAACAACUUUAUGUCUGUGAUCCGGAUCAUAUGCUGAAUAAUACACAAGCGAUGCAAUUGAACAUUCAGCUGCAAGAAUUGGCAGUCGGGACGCCGUGUCACUGUCAGAGAAGGUCACAAUGCACAACAGGGAUCGAGGGAAGUGGCGGAAAGGAGGGCCUACACGGCUUCAUUGUCUCAAUCGCAAUUGUCAAGAACCUCUAUAUGCAUAUGCACUCGCCAAGUGACACACAACUUACUGAAAGAGCUGAAGCUUUCUGCCGAGCACUUGAAGGACGCUGGGCACUCGGAGACUGUGGAAACUCGGUUAUUGUGUUUGUAUGGCAGCAUUAUAAAAAGAUGGUAAUAUGGCCGGCUCGACUUGCAGAGAAAUACAUAACUGCAGAGGAAAGGAAGGCUAUUCUAACAAAAGUUAAUGAUUAUGCACAGACUGAUGAUUGGUUUCCGGCACUUUCUACAAUUAUUAAAGAAAUAUCAAACGAGCUGAAUGGGGAUCCAGAGCCGAGAUUCGACACUGGCACCUUAUCACUUUUGUUAUCAGUUGGCUUAGCAGUUGGGCUUACGGUAUUUAUUACAUGCUGUGUGUGCGCAUUCCGAUGUUGCGGAAACGUAAAAACACGAGAGCGACGGAAGAGUGUCGAACGAGCAAUGGACAAUCUACGGAACAGCGUGAUCCGUCGAGGCAGUCAGUUUCGCAGGUUUGAUUGUCAGUGCAUUCCCAUGAUGUGUGUGCACAUUAUGCCCCUGUGUGUCACGCUUUAACAUGGAGAAUAUACUCACAAUCAUGAACUAAAAUAUUAAGCCUUGUGCCUUCCUGCCUACCUACCGCUUAUUCUGUGACUUUUGAUCUGAAAUCUGGUAUUUGGAAUUUUUUUUUAAUUCCAAUCAAAGGUGUCGCCAAAACAAUUUAUUUUUUUAAAUAUAUUUACAGAGAUAAUCGAGAAAUCAGAAAAUAGAAAAUCACACUAGACACCGGUGUAGGCACGAGGCAGGCGUAGGUGGAAGAUUAACUAGGCAUAUUUUCCUACAAGAAAGACUUAGCACGGAAAUCCAAAAAUUUGAUAAACACACUUUUCAUCUCAAGAUAUCAAU